AUGAGCGCCCGGGAAAGUGAGUCCAGGGAUGGGGUGUCAUGCGUUAGCUCCGUUAUUGAAGAAGAAACAACUUCCCCCUGGCGUCACAAUGAGAUUGAGCGGUACCUUCCCUACACGAUUGGUAGGGAGACGGCGUACGUGGCCCUCGCUUCGCCGGAUACGGUAUCACCUGAAACAUCUAUUUCUGGACAUUGUUCUACGUUUGCAAGGGCUACAAGCGAGGCUGAUGGCCGCCAUGGAGUCAUUAGCGAUGUUUAUUGUGGCGAUGGCGGUGGUGGUAGCGGCAGAACUGGUGGUUGCGAUGUCGACAGGAUCAGUUAUGUCAACGAUUGUGAUGGAGCCGAAUACAGUAGGGUGAAGACAUCAAGUGUCACACCAGUAGCUGAUAGCGUUCGUUCAAUGGAAUAUGGGGUUGGUUACGGGUCGCCAUUGCUUCAUGAUACUCAGGAACUGAGGGUGAGUUGGUGUUAUCAGCGGGACGACAGAGCCGCGGGGGGGGACUUCACACCGGCUUUUACUGUCAGUCCGGUGAUCACUCCGUGGCAGCACCCUGGAAAUGGGCGAAAAGAAAGGGACGUGGUCAAAAGUGCACCAUUGCCACCGAAUUGUUGCUGGUUGUGGCCCGACAUCCGAGAAGAGAAGGACGGUUCUUCUUCGUAUGAUGUGGGGUGGCGGGGGCUGAAGGUCACCGAAGGGGUCCCUCGGGUUAACUACACAGAUGGUGUGCCUGACUACUUGGAGCCACUGUUAUUUCGCGACCACUUACCUAAAAACAGUCUGAAAGGCACUGAGGGCCCUGCCGAGGGUCCGACACCUCGCACCCCUGGGAAGAAAGUAAAAAGGGUCCGAUUCUCAGAGACAGUUGUUGGGUCUGUGUCGUUUGUGGAAACCCACAAUGAAAUUCAAGUGAUAGUAGAGUCCCACUACCCAUGGCUGGCGCUGGCAGGCUUGUUCAUUGCUGUUACCUUGUUUGUGCUUCAUUGGGGUGUAAUCGCUGUUAUUGCAGGCCCAAGGGAGGGGAUAGAACGCAUUACUGCCGUGUCGCUCGUAGACUUCGUGUCCAGCGGACUUGCUUCGUUGAUCAUGUUGCUUUUUUUAGCACUGCUGUGGCGCCCAGGCCGUGAGGAGGUAGAUGUGAUAAGUAGCUGCAGCGGUAUUUCGCGUGUUAUGUGUGUCGCUUUUUGCGGUGCGCUUGCCACUUUGUCACUUGUUUGCAUGUUUAUGUUUACUAACAGUGCGGUUGGUUUCGUCUGUUUCUGUUGCUGCCCUUUUGUUGGAACUCACCUCUAUGAGGUGCUCAAGCUACACAAUGUUCCACUUUUGAGUACUAUGGCUUCCAUUCUCAUCGUGUGGGCCUUUGCUGCACUCGUCAUUGGGUGUUUUGUUGAAGGUGACGACGUGACUUUUAGAUGUCUUUGGCCCGUUGCCAUAGCAAUCAGCGGUGGCGCUGCUAUGUGCGUUUAUCUCUUUCAGUUUCGAAGUGUGGGAAGGGAGGUGAGUGGCCUGUUUCUUUCUUUUGUUACUCUCGUCACGGUAACGCUGAUGCUGGCUUUAGCAUCCUAUGCCUCUGGUGGCUUCUCACUACCGACGCAGUCCACCCAAUCUUCACUCUUUGUGUUAGUUAUGACGGACUUUUCCUCGGUUCUCUUUAGCGUGUUCUUUUUGGUUUUAUAUCAUUUGAUUUAUCACUGUAGUUCCCCCUUCUUUAGCCGGCUUUGUGUCCCGGGUAGUUUUGUUUUCGGUGGUGCAAUUUCUUUGCUAAUUUCCCGUCUUCUGCUCGAUUCUGUCGUGUUUUGGCCGCUUGAGGCAACCGGCAGUAUCCUCAUGAUGGCGGGGAGCGCAUUGAUUUUCGUCGCUGAGUACCACCAGUGGCAAAGCGCCGGGGCGAUUGCGGGUGUUGAAUGA